GCCCCACCAGCAGGGAGAGUGAGAGGGGAGAGGGAGAGCCUGCAGGGCAGACGCCGAGGAUCACGCGUCGGUCCGUGACACCCUCCCAGCCCCCCUCCCGCGCCCUCUGAACCGCCGGUCACCAUGGCUACUUCGAAGUUGCCCGCGGUGCCCGGGGAGGAGGAGACCACCAUCCUCAUGGCCAAGGAAGAGCUGGAGGCCCUGCGCACCGCCUUCGAGUCGGGUGACAUCCCGCAGGCCGCCUCCCGCCUCAAGCAGCUGCUGGCCUCCUCGGAGGGCGGUCGGCUGGAGGUGGGCGUCACCGGCGAGUCGGGCGCCGGCAAGUCGUCGCUCAUCAACGCCCUCCGCGGCCUGGGCGCCGAGGACCCCGGCGCGGCGCUCACCGGCGUCGUGGAGACCACCAUGCAGCCCUCGCCCUACCCGCACCCGCAGCUUCCAGACGUGACCCUGUGGGACCUGCCGGGGGCCGGCUCUCCGGGCUGCUCGGCCGACAAGUACCUGAAGCAGGUGGACUUCGGCCGCUACGACUUCUUCCUGCUGGUGUCCCCGCGCCGCUGCGGCGCCGUGGAGACCCGCCUGGCCUCCGAGAUCCUGCGCCAGGGCAAGAAGUUCUACUUUGUGCGCACCAAGGUGGACGAGGACCUGGCGGCCUCGCGCACCCAGCGGCCCUCGGGCUUCAGCGAGGCGGCGGUCCUGCAGGAGAUCCGCGAACACUGCGCCGAGCGGCUGCGCGCGGCCGGCGUGAGCGACCCGCGCAUCUUCCUUGUGUCCAACCUCUCGCCCGCGCGCUACGACUUUCCACUGCUCGUGUCCACCUGGGAGCACGACCUGCCCGCGCACUGGCGCCACGCCGGCCUGCUGUCGUUGCCCGACAUCUCGCUGGAGGCCCUGCAGAAGAAGAAGGACAUGCUCCAGGAGCAGGUGCUCAAGACGGCCUUGGUAUCAGGCGUCAUCCAGGCCCUGCCCGUGCCGGGGCUGGCGGCCGCCUACGACGACGCCCUGCUCAUCCGCUCGCUGCGCGGCUACCACCGUAGCUUUGGCCUGGACGAUGACUCGCUGGCCAAGCUGGCCGAGCAGGUGGGCAAACAGGCAGGCGACCUGCGCUCGGUUAUCCGCUCCCCGCUGGCCAACGAGGUCUCGCCGGAGACGGUCCUGCGGCUCUACUCGCAGUCGUCCGACGGUGCCAUGCGCGUGGCCCGGGCCUUUGAGAAGGGCAUCCCCGUGUUUGGAACGCUGGUGGCCGGUGGCAUCAGCUUCGGCACCGUCUACACCAUGCUCCAGGGCUGCCUCAACGAGAUGGCGGAGGACGCCCAGCGGGUCCGCAUCAAGGCCCUGGAAGAGGACGAGCCACAGCCCCCCGUCAGCCUGGAGGCCGCUGGUGACAAUGGUGUGGAAAAGCGGGGAUCCAGGGAGGGGAGCUGCGAGGAGGCCCCGCUCUCAGCCCGCCGGAAGCUCGGCCUCCUCCUCAAGUACAUUCUGGACAGCUGGAAGAAGCGCGACUUGUCGGAAGACAAAUGAAAAGCACAGCCCCCACCCCCCGCCUCAUCCACAAACCAAGC